AGAAAAAAGAAAGAAAGUAUUUUGAUGUGAAGAAUGACACUAUUACUAACUACUACUACUUACUAUCUAUACUAUACUUAUGCUACUCUCAUCAGAAAAAGAAAAAUAAUAAUAAAAAAAAAAAGAACACCAGUUGCUUUUAGAGAGAGAAAAAACUGCCAGCUCUCUCUAUUGCCAUAUGUUUCCACUGCACUACCAGAAAACAGCAAAACCAUAUACUACCAAACAUCAUAACCCAACCGCCUCUCUCUCUCUCUCUCUCUCUCUCUCUCUCUCUUCCAAAAGAAAAACUUAUAAAAAUCUUUUCUUUCUCUCUCAAUCUUUUCUUUUUAUAUCUUUUUCCCACAGAUUAUGCAUUAGCUUGAGGAUUUUCUUCGUUUUUAAUGAUGUAGUUUUUCUUGCUUUUUGGAAGACCUAAAGCCUUCAUCUUUUUUUUUUUUGGGUUCCUUGUGCUGAUUUCUACCUAGUAUAGAUUUCGGAUUUGAUGUUUUUCUUUUAAUUAUAUAUUUAUAUAAAGAAGUUUCUGCUAUAGAAACUAUGUAUUUCAUUUGGGUUUUAUUCCUUAUUUGGAAACAUUAAAUUUUCUUUUAACAAAAAAAAAAUAAAAUAAAAACUUGUAUGAAAUGUUCUGAGUUUCGAUUCGACUUUUUUCAUUAUCUGCAUGAAAUGAGGGAAUAUUUUUUUUAUGUUUUUGCAAGUUCGAGGCUUUAUUUUUCCUACCUGUACCGGGUUUCUCUGAAAAAGUAGUAUUUUUUUUUUCUUCUUUUCGAAAUUUGAGAACCUUUUUUCUUUUGAGAUAAUACGCAUUGAGUUGAGGAGGGUAAAGGGUGUUAAGAUUUGAUGGUUUUGGUUAGUUUUAGCUUAACCCAUGAAGAAUUUGUACUGGUUUAAGCAGAUUUCCAACAAUGGCAAACUCAGCAGGAGGCUCUCUCUUGGAGAGUACAAACGAGCUGAGUCUUGGUCCAAGUACUUGGUCUCCUCUGGUGCUAAGAUUAAAGGAGAAGGAGAAGAAGAAUGGAGUGCUGAUCUAUCUCAAUUGUACAUUGGAUAUAAAUUUGCUCAGGGUCGCCAUAGUAGGAUCUACAGAGGUGUAUAUAAGCAGAUGGAUGUAGCUAUUAAGCUCAUCAGCCAACCUGAGGAGGAUGAGAACUUGGCUGUCUUGGUAGAGAAUCAGUUCAUCUCUGAGGUUGCUUUGCUCUUUCGGUUAUGCCAUCCAAAUAUCAUCACAUUUUUUGGAGCUUGUAAGAAACCUCCCGUGUUUUGCAUCAUCACCGAGUAUUUGCCAGGAGGCUCAUUAAGGAAGUAUCUUCAUCACCAGGAACCACAUUCUGUUCCACUCCACCUAGUUUUGAAAUUAGCGCUUGACAUUGCACGCGGGAUGAAAUAUCUUCAUUCACAGGGGAUACUUCAUAGAGAUCUCAAAUCAGAAAAUUUGCUGCUUGAUGAGGAUAUGUGUGUCAAAGUAGCAGAUUUUGGUAUUUCAUGUUUAGAAACACAGUGUGGCAGUGCAAAAGGUUUCACGGGGACAUAUCGAUGGAUGGCACCUGAAAUGAUCCAAGAAAAACAUCAUACAAAAAAAGUUGAUGUUUACAGUUUUGGAAUUGUUCUUUGGGAACUAUUAACAGCAUUGACACCAUUUGAGAACAUGACGCCUGAACAGGCUGCAUUUGCAGUUUCUCAGAAGAAUGCAAGACCUCCCUUGCCUUCUGCUUGCCCCAUGGCAUUCAGUCAUCUUGUUAAUAGAUGCUGGUCAAGUAAUCCGGAUAAACGACCCCAUUUUGACGAGAUUGUUUCGAUCCUCGAAGGUUAUGCAGAGGCCCUCGAACAGGAUCCAGAUUUUUUUUCAACUUAUAAACCGUCCUCUGGUUUUACCAUUCUCAAAUGCUUGCCAAAGUUCGUUUUGUGCAAUAGAUCAUCAUCAUCAUCCUCUUCUUCUUCCAUGUCUAGGAACUUGAAUUAAGUACGAGUGUAAAAUUGUAACAUAUGAAAUCUUGUCUUGGUUCUAUAGUUUGCUCAGUGAUGAUGUUUAUGAACAUUUGUUUUUAUUAUCUUUUCAUCUUUAGAAUAUAGUGGAACUAAAGCAAGUUCCCUUUAUAUGCUUGUAAUUUGAUCCUUAUCUUACUACAUAUCCAUUCUCCUUUUUGUUUUAAUCAAAAUUUGAUAUGAAUAAUUGACA